AUGCGCUACUUCACUCUCCUCACCUUUGCUGCGGCAGCCGUCACCGCCCAGUUGGCGGAUCAGUCAUACGACAGUUCUCUGGACAUGACCAUUGACUCAAACAGCAUCGAAGCUAGCCAGAAGGCUACCUGGUGCCGCGCCCAGACAGACACUUGCGACACCUUGUGCGACGACGACGUCAGCGCAAACAACUGCGACUACACCACCAUUGAGUAUGAAUGCAAGUGCGCCUCCAACGACUCGACGCCCGGUCUGCAGUGGUACACGCAGUCCAUGCCUACCUUCAUCUGCGAGACUCUGACCGACCGCUGCAUCACCGAGAACGUGCGCAAUCAGACGGGCCAGACUGCUUGUCGUGAAAACAUUCAGUCCGAGUGUGGCACCUUGGAUCCCAACGACGCCGAUGUUGGUGGCUCCACCAAUGACGAGGACGAGGACGAGGACGAGGACGACGACGACGACGACAGCGAGGACAGCGAGGAAUCCAGUACCACUGCGAAUCCUACCGCCUCGUCCACCGGUAGCGACGAUGAGGAAGAAGAGGCCGCCGCUACCAACACCGACGACGCCGACCAGGGUGACUUUGCUGCCGCCACUGCUGCUCCUGUUCUCGCGGCCCUCGGCAUUUUCGCUGCUCUGUUCUGA